CGCAGCUGGCGGGGAGUCGGAGUGGGCCAGUGGAAUGUUCGGUGGCUGUUCGUAGUUUCCCAACGGGGAGAGUGAGUACCCCUCCGCUCGGCCGUGGAGAUGACCAACUCGUCUACAGGCUGGAACUGCAGGGGCGGCGGGCAGCAGGACGUUGACAAUCUGGCCGAACUGGACUGGUAUCACUACGACCUCUCUCGCCAUGCUGCUGAGGCCCUUCUCCUGUCCAAUGGCAACGAUGGGAGCUACCUUCUGAGGAAAAGUCACGAUGCCCCAAACUUGUACGCACUGUCGGUAAGAGGCAAAGAUUCCGUCAAACACUUCCAGAUUGAGUGGAGUGACGGCACAAUCAAAUUUGGUUUUAGUGAGUUCCAUUCACUAUCAGAGUUUGUCAAUCACUUUGCCAACCAGCCACUGAUUGGAAGCGAGACAGGAACACUCCUUGUGCUUAAAAGUCCGUAUCCGCGGCAAGUGGAAGAGCCCUCCAUUUACGAAUCAGUCCGGGUUCAUACAGCCAUGCAGACUGGACGCACGGAGAACGAUCUUGUUUCCAAGGCUGCUUCGCUGGGCACCAAAGAAGGCUAUCUUACAAAACAAGGAGGCAGAGUAAAGACUUGGAAAACCAGAUGGUUUAUUUUACAUAGGAAUGAACUGAAGUAUUUCAAAGACAAAAUGUCUACAGAACCAAUCAAGACGUUAGAUCUAACUGAAUGUACUGGGGUACAAUUUGACUAUUCACAGGAGAGGAUUAAUUGUUUCUGCUUAGUAUUUCCUGAAAGAACGUAUUAUAUGUGUACAAAGACAGGGAUUGAAGCUGAUGAAUGGAUCAAGUUAAUACGGUGGAAACUGUCUCAAAUGAAGAAAGCUGCGAAAACUUAAACCAGCAAGAAUUUCCUCCAGAACAGAGGCAGCUUUUAAUGAACUUCACUUAAAAGUGUAGAUUUGGAAGAAAUUCUAAAACUUGCUAUAGUUUUAUUUUCAUGAAGUUACACCAAGAUCCUUUGCCCAUCAAAAAACAUUUGGUCCCUUUACUGGAGCAAUAGAAUUCAACAGCAGGUGGUAAACUUGGAAUCUACAUUUAUGUGUUUUUCUGUAUUACAAAAAGGAUGCAAUAACUUUGGGGAAAGAUAAUAUAAACGGGACCUUGUACCUCACAAGCUCUGGCGAAAUGGAAAUUACAACAAUAGAUGUGCUUUAUAGUGGUUAAGCAGGAUGAGUGCAUGGAGAAAACUUGUGUAAAGCAUAAGCAAAAUGUUAUACCUGUAAAGUUAUGUAGAUAUCAUUGGUUAACCAAGAGAAAGGAUGAAAUAGUAGGUUACUCAGCAAUAACUGUCUUUCACCUUUGCAGAGUCAGCUUGAUAAAUGUUUAAUUUAAAUUAUUUAAUCAUCAACCCAGUUGCUGGUUUUGCAUAAUGUUAAGAAUGUGCUUAAGAGAAGUUUUUAACAUAUUACAAUUAAUACAGGUGAAACCCUCUUGUCUUGCAUGCUGUGGUUAGGUAUGUUUUGAAUCCAGCCACAUUAGUUUGCAGACUGACCACCAGGAUAGCUGUACUAGAAUUUUAGAUUAGUAAAAUUUGAGAUAUGAAAUAAAAAUUUGCUCUUAUGGAAUUUUUCUCUUCAUACCAUAUACCCACACACAGGACUGAACCAGUAAUUGAUCAAACAUGGGUGUAAUUGCAUAACAUGAGCAUGUUGGGCCAGAAGGGCCUGUUACUUAUCUCUAAAUAAGUAAAUAAAAUUGGCAAAGUUUCUGAUUAAUUGUAAAUAAGGGCCUGGAGUCAAACAAUAUCAAAAGCUGAUUACAAAGUAUCAUAGCACAUUGUGAAGUCCAUUGACUUAUUGCCAAACUCUGUCCUGACUUGUCUGGACUAUUGGAUGUGACUCCCUGUUAUAUCAAAUACUUGUUUUUAUAUGCUAUACUGUAGUGAUUUUCCAGGGAAGCCAGUGCAAAAUUUCCAUGAUGCUGACCCCAUCCUCAUGACUGGCUCUCCGUAUGGAUCUGGCCACACACUCUGCCUGGACUUUUUACAAUCCAGACUAACAAACAAACAAGCAGUACUGCUGAAUUAUUGGAGUUUCAGCACACCCACCCAUGUUAAAACUAUCAAUAUGGUUUAUGCUCCUUUAAAGGCAAAAGCAAGAGAGCAGGACAGAACGU